AGAGAUUUCAACUGAUGGUGUUCCUUGGUGCAUGCAUUAGGUGAUUUGCGGAGGACGACGAGUUGGUACGGGUUGACAGGAAUGUGAAGAUGGCUAAGCAAAUUAUGAUUAAAUAUAGACAUGGGGGGACAUUGGACUUCGGAAGUAAUGUGGCAUACAUUGGUGGUUCAGUUGAUGUUGAGUUUUGUGAUGCAGAAGAUAUUUCAUUAGAACAAUUGAAGAUGAGUGUUACAGAAUAUGGUUAUAACAAUGUCGGGAUGUUGUAUUAUUCUAUUCCUAGUGUAGGACUGGCUAGUGGAGGUUUAAAGCCUCUAAAUUCAGAUCAGGAUCUUGCAGAAAUGAUUGAGCAUGCAUUGAGGCACAGAGUGAUAGAAAUCUAUGCAAAUCACGAUGUUGACAUGCCAUUAGAAGUGAUAGAAGGUCCUACUUCAGUUGCUACUUCUCCUAAAAGAAAUAUUCCUAUGGUUAGGAGAAAGAAGUUAACACCCAAGAAAAGAGUAGAUGUAAAAGAGGGCCAAGUGAGUGUUUCAAACCCUACUAUUUCACCACUGUGGGUUCCCUCCAAAUCACCACUGCCCAGUCCCUCCAAUUCACCCCCUCACAAAUCUGCACAAACAUCUUCUAGUGAUGAUGAUGAUGACUCAGUGGAGGAUGAAAAUUCCAGGGUUGAUCCCACAGAGCCAUUGUAUGAUGAUGAUGGUGAAGAUAAGGAAUUAUUUUGA